AUGAUUGACGGAGAUGAAUAGAAGAAAAUGGAAAACGAGGGAUCAUAUGGAUAUUUUACAAUUUUAGCAGUUAAGUUUACAUCGUCUGAACAAUAAAUUGAUAGGUUGAUGUUGAUAUUUAACUUAAGAAAUUAUAACACUCUAAUAAAGUUUUACACUGACAAAGAAUAUCAGCAGGGAGACAGCUAGGAAAAUCUCAAUAAAACCAAUGAAGCCUACAAAAUAAUCAAGGACGAGAAGGUAAGUAAAUUUGUAUUAUACGACAGGCCAGAGAAUCCUAUAUGCACAAGUUAAUGAUUAGGUGUUACUUAAGCCAGCCUUUCGAUUUGAUUUUGCCAAACAAACAAAGUAUGCUUCGUCUAUAGAUUAGGUGAUAAAUUGUGGCCUUUUUUUAUCUUUGAAGUGAUUAAAGAAGGAAAAUCCACCAGUGAGAUUAUGCAGUUCAAUUUCUCGGCCCAAACCUUAACGGAAUAAAAGAAGGAUGUAAGGACAAAAAGUUAUAUGUUUUCAAACAUUUCAGUAUCAAUAUUGCCAAUUAUUUUAAGUCAGCCUUGUAUUCCAAAAAAGAUGAUGAAUUCAUAAUUAAUUUUAUUGAAAAUGGCAAAAUACUUUCUUAAAAUUACAAAGCUAAAUUUCAAAAUCAAAGAGACCAACUUGUUAAACUGGCUAUUUUUGCUAAAGAGAUCUUUGAAGAAACCAAGCCUACCCUUGAAUUUCAUAAUCCCAACACAAAAUAAGAUUUGAAUUUAUUUAAAGUGCAGCAUUACUCAAUUGGAGAAAAUAGUAAAACUGUAAGUUCAAAAGUCACCAACUUGUUUUUUGAUUAAGUAUCAACAAAAAACUAUUUCUUGUGGAAUGAUUCAUAUAUUCCACCACAUUCCUUACUCAAAACAUCUGCCUAAAAAUUAGCAAGUUUGGGAUAAUCCAAAACUGUUCAUUUCACUAUUGGGAAAUCAUAAAUGCUUGUCUCUAGAGAUGAAGACUUGCGCUAAAUCAUUCAAGUAAUCCCUUUAAAGAAGGAGUACUUGGCUUUCAGUAGAGACGAGAACGGUAUUUAUAAACUGAAUUCCCUUUAGUCGUACAAUUGUAAGUGCUGAACAACACUAGAAAGUACAGAUUCCAUGACAAACAAAGUGCUAGUUAAUUUGUUUAGAAGCUUAUUAGUGUCUAAAAUCAAAAGGCUUCAGCCACUCCUUUGAUGACUGAGUAUCCAUUUGGAUAGCACUUGUAGAAUAUUGUGAGAAGCAAAAAGUCUGCAAUUCAAAAAUUAAACUCUUUAAUUGCGUAAUACGAGUAGAAAGUCUAACAAUUGAAAGUGCAGAGGUAUGAAUCAUUCAGUAUUAUUUAUAGAUAACAACUACUGUCUGAGUUUAAUGAUUUGGAUUUAGACAAAGUGGACGAUGAUGAAUUGAUGAUAAACAAGGAGAAGGAAUAACAGAAUAAGCAGUCUUCUUUUGAGCCAGCUAGUUUAUUCAAGGCUCCUGUUAAAUUUAAGGAUGAAUGA